AUACGCUGCUGUGCAACUUGCACAAAUUUAAAGUUUUUUUUCCUUGAAUUUGCAACGUUUUUUCAAUUUUCUAAAUGACCACAACGGAAGCUGAAGCUUGGCAGGAUUUGGUGGCCAUUAGUGCAGAUCCGCCAGAUAGACGAGACAAAUGCGAGCAGUGCAAGCGACCAGUUGUGGUCUGUUGGUGUUCCGAGCUGCCCCAGCCACCCAUUGCUGUGUCCUCCCAAAUUGUCAUACUGCAACAUCCUGCCGAGGAGAAGCGAUCGCUGCGCACAGCGCACAUGCUCCAACUGGGCCUAGAGCCGGGAAAAUGUGUGGUCUAUAAAGGCAAACGAUUCCCAAAUACCAAAAACUAUGCCGAGCUGCAGACAAUUUUUGACUCACCCCAAACACUGCUGCUGUAUCCCAGCAAAGAUUCAGUGCCUUUGGAACAGAUUGAGCGUAGUCGCGGUCCCUACACGUUGCUCCUUAUUGAUGGCACAUGGCCGCAGGCAAAGGCCAUCUAUGCCAGCAGCCCAGUACUGCAUCGACUGCAACAGGUGAAGCUUAUUGCGGUAGGCAUCAGCGACUACGUUAUACGCACGCAGCCCACGGAGGGCUGCCUCAGUACGCUGGAGACGGCGGCUCAGUGCUUGGCCGUGCUGGAAUCGAAGCCGGAACUGCGCAGUACUUUAGUGCGGCCGCUGCAUGCGCUCUGCAAAUAUCAGCUGGAGAAUGGCGCUGUGGAGCAUCAAUCAAAAGAAUUUCUGCUGAAAAACAACCAAUAUCCUAAGCCCAUAGGCAAGCGGCUGAGUCGUUUACUAAACUAUAGCAAUACCGUCUGCGGUGGAGCUUUGGAACUAGAGCAGCGAGCUGUGGAACAGCAAACGUGAUGUUGUAGGAGCGGCACAUCAGCUAAAGGUUUGCCUAGGACAUAUGCUUACAUUGAAGGAACGAAGGAGAAUUAUCACUAUUUGCUAUUUAUAAAUAAAUCAAUUAUUGUCCGCAUAGAAACUAA